AUGCCGUCAAGAGAAGUUUACCUUGAAGCAAAGUUAAAGAAAAAGCAACAAAAGAAUAAAGAGAUUCAGUUCAUGAUUGCUGUAUUCAGACAUGCCCAUAAGGGCUCAUACUUGUGUCCAGAAUAUAAUGCCAAGAAGCGAAAGUCCGGAAAAGACAACUACGAAACAAAGCAAGCUAAAGAUAAAGGCAAAAAGAGAAGGCUAGAAGCGAGAAAAGCAUCGCCAUCGAAUACUGUUUGUAACAAUUGUAAUGGUGUCGAAAUGAAAGAAGUACGAAUUUCGGACGGCUCCAGCGUCUAUGGUACCAAGGCCUGCAAAACCUGUGGUAUAAUAUGGCAAAGAGAUGUCAAUGCGGCCAAAAAUAUGCUUACUAUUGCAAAUUCCGUAUGGCCGCCCCGACAUUUUCUCUCGCCAUCGCCAUAACGAAAAUGGUGCUGCAGGUUCUAUACCGACGGCUUAAAGAUUUUUACGCGUUUAGGCGAGUUCAUCUUGUGAAAUUUCUCACUGUGCAUUUCUGAGGUUUUAUUAACUGCUGCUUAACACUACAACAUACUCAAACAGGGUAGGUUACCUACCCUGUUUGAGUAAUAGUAGUUCGCACAUUUGGCAUUGAGCAUUUAGACAGAAAAGCCAUUUCGUGCGAAAGUCAAGCGAAAAACAGUA